ACCCAUUAACCUAUUAAACCACGUGGGAGGAUAAAAAAAGAUAUUGUUUUAACCUUGAGAAGAUACUGUUUAGUUUAACUCAACCAAUUAUGAUUUAAGUUUUAGGUUAGACCGGGUUUAAUGACCUUGAUUUAUCGUUCAAGACAGCGUGUUCUCUAGACCGAGAUCCUCAUAAAGACAUGCAUAGUAUUGCGGGUAAUGUGGGGCUUUAUUUACUUUUUUCUUCUUCUUCUUAAUGUAGCAGCUGGAGCACAGCACAGGGAUUAGUGGAAGAAUGGAGUACUGUUGUAUCUUUGGAUAUACGUUUUCUGUAAUGAAUCUAAGCCCCUUAGAACAGCUCAUCAUCCCAUCUUUAACCAAUUUAGCCCUAAAAAAAAGAGCCAAAAGUAAACACUCUUUAUGAGAGCCAACUAGUACUCUUUCCCUUAGCAAUCAAUCAGACUUCGUUGUAAAGAAAAGGUGCGGAUCCACACCAUUAUGUACGUGAACGAGCAAAUAUGUACUCAUUCUCUACCAGUGAUAUUAUACUUGGUUUUCAGUCUUGAACAGUAGCAAGUAUAGUACAUUUUGCUUACUGUUCUAUUGUGUGAAGGCCAUCUUUGAAAUCCUUUAAACACUGUUUCUUCUCCUGAUCCAAGAGAAAAGAGUGCUGUAAAACAUAUAAACAAUGGCCUUAAUGGUGGCAGUCUUUUUUGCCAUUCUCUUUCAAGGUUAUGUGUCCUUGGCUUCUGAUCCUGAUCCAGUUCGUGACUUCUGCUUAGCCAAUACUGAUUCUGCAACCAACAUCCCCUGCAAGAACUCAUCGGAUGCCACAGUAGAGGAUUUCAUAUUUUCUGGGAUCAAAUCUCAUGGAAAAUUCAGUGAAACGGGGCUAGCAUCGAUUCCUGUCAACGUGAAUAACUUCCCGGGCCUGAACACACUAGGCAUGUCACUUGUUCGUGCAGAUUUUGAAGCUGGUGGUGUCAAUGUGCCUCAUUUCCAUCCAAGAGCAACAGAGGUUGCGUAUGUGCUCGAGGGGAAGAUUUAUUCAGGAUUUGUCGACACGCAGAACAAAGUUUUUGCUAAAGUGCUUGAAAAAGGUGAGGUCAUGGUGUUUCCAAAGGGUCUAGUACACUUCCAGAUGAAUGUUGGAGAUAAACCAGCAACUAUUGUGGGCAGUUUUAAUAGCGAAAAUCCUGGAUCGAUGAAGAUUCCUACUGCGGUAUUCGGAUGUGGAAUCAAGGAAGAGCUUUUGGAGAAGGCUUUUGGGUUGAAGGGUAAGGACAUCUCCAAGUAAUCCAUCACUUGCCAUGGUAGAAGAUUUGAUAUUUUCCGGGUUAAAAUCUCAUGGAAAAUAUUCCUAGCAACCUUUCCUGUCUAAGUGAACAACUGUCCAGGCCUAAAACACAAGGUACUUCACUUGGCCGUGCUGAACUUUAACUUGGUGGUGUCGAUAAGCCUCAUUCGCGUCCACGAGCGGC